AUGGCGCUGCAAUGGAAUGGAGAGACCUCUGGUUCUGAGGAGGAAGACAAGGCCGGUUCCAUGCAAGGCUUCGCUCUGCUGGAAGCACUUGUGCCGGGCGUGAAGGGCAUGAGAUUUGCCAGAGGGCCAAAGGCUCAGCCGAAGAGCCCCGAGACCGAUGCCAAUAAGCACGGCCAGUGCAACAUUCCCGAGAUUCCUAGCAACCUGGACUAUGUACAGGUCGCGACAGGCACGGCGCACAGCGUCCUGCUGCGAAGCGACGGCCAGGUCGUUGCAUGCGGCGACAACCGUGCCGGGCAAUGUGAUGUUCAAAAGCUGGAGGAUGGCCUGGAGUACAUUCAGGUCUCCGCAGGAGGCGAUCAUACCCUGCUCCUCCGCAAUGACGGAAGAGUCCUCAUGAUGGGGGACGUCAGAUCCUUCCGGGACUUUCCGGAGCUGGGUGAGAAGAUCGUCCAAGUCGACACAGGCUUGUUCCAUACUGUGUUGCUGACCAGCGAUGGCCGGUCGUGGGUGCGAGCAGACAGCGAAGUGCACGAGCUUUCCGUUCCCGAGCUCCCCGACAAUCAAAGGUACACUCAGGUGUCUGCGGGCGACGACCACAUUGUUUGGCUGCGGAGCGAUGGCAAUGUGUGUGCAGCUGGCGACAACCGCCACGGACAGUGCAGCAUUCCUCCGCUAGAGGAGGGGCUUGCGUACACGCAGGUGUCGGCUGGUGGCCACCACACCGUCUUGCUGCGAAGCGACGGAGGGGUCUUGGCCGUGGGCAGCAACAGGUGUGGCCAGUGCAGCAUCCCUCCGCUAGCUCCAGGGAUGAAAUACGAGGACAUCUCUGCCGGAGAUGUGCACACAGUGCUGCUCCGCAGUGAUGGCAAGGUGCUGGCCUUCGGUUCCAACCAUUUUGGCCAGUGCAAAGUUCCAGAGCUGGAGGCGGGUGAAAUCUACGUCUCCAGCCGCAUGAGUCCCUCGCUGGUCAUCCAAUUAGCUGCUCGGCUUCUUGGAGGUUUCGAAAGGUGCCCAGCGAUGUAG